AUGCUUUUUUACGACGAUUCAUUCUGGUGGCUGAUGAGCUGCACGCUGGCAUCCAUUUGGACGCUCAAGCUCUUGUAUCAAAAGCUCAGUGCAUGGAUCCACGAGAGAUCUAUGAUGCAGCGCCACGGCUGCCAGGAUCCUCCAACGUAUCCCCACAAAGACCCAUUCUUAGGUCUCGAUUUGUUCCUAUUAUACAAAAAGGCAUUUCAAGAGCGAAGAUUCGGCCAGCUAAAUUGGGAUCUGUUCCAAAAGUACGGCAAGACCUAUGUAUGCAAUGGUAUGGGUAUUCGCUACGUCAAGACAAUGGACCCUGAGAUUACCAAGUUUGUUCAUGCAACUCACUUUGACCACUUUGGUGUGGAACGUAUUCGUUCUGGUGCAGAAUACCUCUGGGGUGACGGCAUCACUGUCGUUGAAGGUGAUAAAUGGGCUUCCCGCCGCAAGCUGAUCAAGCCUGCAUUCGAUGUUGUUCACAUUGCGAACCUUGAGAAUCGCAAUCUUGGAAAACAUGUCGAGAGACUCAUAGAAUUGAUUCCUCGAGAUGGUUCGACUGUGGACCUUAUGCCUCUGUUUAGGCGACUGAGCCUGGACACUGCAAGCGAGUUCAUCUUCGGUGAAUCUAUGGAUGCUCUGCGCUCCCCCGACUCGCACAAGGAAUUUCUUGAUGCGUAUUUCUAUGCCCAGCGAGGAACUGCGAUACGUCUCAUGCUAGGCUCAAAGUUGCGCUUUCUGCACAGGGACCCAAAAUGGUGGAACGAUUGCGACACGGUCAAUAAGUUUUUGGACGAACAUGUUGAUAAUGCAUUAGCACGACAGGCAAGAGGGGACAAGGAAGAAGCAGAGAAAUCGCACAUUCGACUUGUUGAUGAGAUGGCAAAGGUGACCCAAGACCGCCUCACGCUGCGUUUUCAGAUGCAGAAUGUCUUUACACCAGCCCAUGAUGGAGCUGCAAUCACACUCAGCAAUGCCUUCUUCCACUUGUCUCGGAACCCAGAGGCUUGGGCCGAACUGCGGGGCGAAAUCCUUCCCACGAAAGAUCUUGACAUUACCUAUGACCUCUUGAAGACCUAUCGGUACCUCAAGAACGUAAUCCGUGAGACACACCGGGUCACGCCCAUCUCCACGCUCAUAUCUCGUGAGUGCUUGCGUGAAGUUGUUCUACGCAAGGGAGGCGGCAAGGAUGGACUGAGUCCUCUGUAUGUCCGCAAAGGCGAUGUGGUAGAGAUGAACUUUAGGUCUAUUCUCCGCGACAGAGAGUUUUGGGGCGAGGAUGCUGACGAGUUUCGCCCUGAAAGGUGGGACAAUUUGAAGCCGACGUGGGAGUAUACCCCCUUUGGAGGUGGGCCGCGGGUCUGUCCUGGCUUUCGCCUGGCUUUUGCCGAAGUCGCUUACACAAUGGUAACCAUUCUGAGAGAGUUUGUUUGUUUGGAAAGUCGUGAUGACAGGCCGUGGACAGAGGAGAGCAGAGCGACCUUUCAGAAUCUGCAUGGCGCCAAGGUAGCUUUAAUUCCAGCGUAG